ACAAAUGGUACUAUUCUCUCUUCAUCCAGUGGCCUAGAUUCCUGUUGUACGUCUAGCACGGGGAUAUAAUGAACCUAUCCUUUCAUUUUAAUGUAUUUGCGUUUCUAUCAGCAGGUAGUUAAUGCAGCAAUAAUAGUUGAUCCUUCAGUAAGACAGGUAAUUGCAAAUGCAUGUGACCAAACAUGUGGAUGGGACAAUCCCCCAGGUAAAUGUGUGGGAGAUUUUACUGCCCAUGAACCUGAUUCAAAUGGAGCAGCGAUCAGUGAACCUUCAUUCUCAGAUUGCAUAGGCGAUGAUAAUGGUCAUCGACUAUCAUAUACUGGUGUUUCUUGUCUAUAUCCUAGGAGAUGGACAGAGCAUCGACCAUGUGCUGGAAGUCCUCGUUACUUGCAUCCAUUACGACAUGCAGCUCUUGUUGCUAUUGAAUAUGCUGCUGAGAGGGAUAGGCGCCUAUUCCCUGGAUCACACUCAGAAAGUCGACCUAUUCAAGAGGACGACAUGCAGUCUUCUUCCAUGAGACUACCAGCAAAAAGACAAAAGACGGAUACUGCAGAAGAUGAUAGUGACAUGGUCCUGAAAAUAUGUGCUAACAAUUCACCAUCUGAAGCAGUUCGGCCUUAUCUUUGCACUGGUUUUGACAUCUACCUUACCGAUAGUAUUAGGAGUCGGACAGCAAUGUCAAGGAAGCAAAUCCAGGAGGUUGGUGAAGGAUUGGUGAGAAGUGGAUGUGGGUUUAUGUGGGUGGCGAAAGACAAGAAGGUGGUCAGGGAAGAAGAAGAGGGAGUGGAAGAGGUGGAGAAGCUUAUGAAAGUGACCGAGGUCACGGUGAAGGAGAAGACGGAGGUGCCGAUGGUGGUGCUAAUGAAACACAUGAUCGAUCGCGAUGAUGGUGGUGAUGGUGGUGGUGGUGGUAGUAGUGGUAGUGGCUAUGGGAGACUAUGGAGCCGGUGGAGACUGAUUUAA